CAUAAUUUUACAUCAUUUAUUGUUUAGCUUCCUUAUGCAUUUACUUGGUGGCUUCUUGAAAAAUACCCGAAGGUGACUGUCAUUGACAUACUUGAACGGCCCUACUUGCCAGUACUACAGGCUCUCGUCUAGGUUUAUUCCGCGCAUUUGCACCACUUCACAUGAUGGCGCUACCGUUCACUUUAUGUAGCUGGCUUUGACACCGAGGAACAAGUAAAGGCUCGUGUAGUUAACUAGAAGAUCCGGUUGGCGCAUAGCACUGUUUUCCCGUGAAGAUGCCCAAGUUUUACUGUGACUACUGUGAUACGUACUUGACGCACGAUUCGCCAUCUGUAAGGAAGACUCAUUGCAGUGGACGCAAACAUAAAGAAAAUGUUAAAGACUAUUACCAGAAAUGGAUGGAGGAGCAGGCCCAAAGUCUUAUAGACAAAACAACUGCUGCUUUCCAGCAAGGGAAGAUCCCGCCCACGCCGUUCCCUGGUGCCCCACCCCCCAGCGGAUCCCUUCUCCCUCAUCCAAACAUCAGUGGACCCCCUAGGCCAGGAAUGUUACCAGCCCCUCCAAUGGGUGGUCCACCUAUGAUGCCCAUGAUGGGUCCUCCUCCACAUGGCAUGAUGCCUGGUGGUCCAGGCCCAGGUAUGCGACCACCUAUGGGUGGGCAUAUGCAAAUGAUGCCCGGCCCCCCAAUGAUGCGUCCUCCAUCUCGACCAAUGAUGCUAUCUGUUAGACCUGGUAUGGCUCGCCCAGAUCGAUAAAAGGAGCUGCCGUGCUACAUUUGGCACCCUCUGAGAAUACAUCACCAAAUAAGUACAUUGGUUUUACAUUUGGUUUAAAUGGUUUCCCCCUUAGUGUCAAGGAUUCACAUUUAUGGCUGCAGCCAUUGUAUUUUAUUUAAUUUUUUUUACUUGGAUAUAUGUCCAUUUAUUAAUUUGGAUACAGAACACAAUGUGGAGUAACAUGUUAGGUUGUAUGUUGAUAAUUCUUUUUAUGACAAUAAAUUUACAAAUAAUCUGCUGUUUAA